AUGGCGAACGCUGGAUCUUCGACUGCGCCGGAACUCACGCCGAAGCAGCUCGCAGAGCAGUGGAAGCGGCAGGGCGGACUCGACGCUCUCCGGAAACAACUCUUGCAGGACUUUCUCGCGUCGCCGGACCGCGACCAACUCCUCUCCUCGCUCGACACCCUCCUCCCCACCGUCCUCUCCUCCUCAACCACCCUCACCCGUCUCCCGCGCAAAGACCGCCCCUCCGCCGUUCUCCGCACACUUCAGCAACGCGUUGCGCUGCGUGAACCGGUUGGAAAGCUAGAAGGAGAGUUGAGGAGCGGGAAGGGGAAGGGGAAGAGGGUGGAGAGGGAGUUGAGGAGGUGUUUGUGUGAGGCUAGGGGGGUGCCGUUCGUUGAGGAGGAGAGUAUGGAGGAGGAGGUGAAGCCUGAGGUGAAAGCGGAGGUGCGGGUCAAGGUGGAGGAGAAGGCGGAAUCCGCUCCAAGUUCGCCACAAGCCUUCGCCAUGCCCGCCAGCACUUCGCAGCCUAUGGCAACAGCCCCUUCCGCUCCGUCUUCGACAGUUCCCGAUCCUCCUGUUCAGCCGACGGACGCAAGCCCGCCUAAUCCGCCCGUACUCGCUGCGGAGGAUGCGCCAGGGCCGACCAUCGAAGCGAACAAUGCCGCGCCAGGCAGUCCAGCGAGUCUCAAAGCGACUGCGGAGACAUCUCAAGCGCUGGACGGAGAUGUCGAGAUGGCGGACGCUGCGACGCCGACACAGAACGGCGCCAGCCCGACGACAGCAUGA